CAUGCGCAUCGGGCUGGAAGUUCUGUGUGUGCAUGUGGGGCCCCUUAAAGAGAAGCGCCGAACAGACGGCACAGACUUUCUCCAUUGAAGAAUCAGCGAAAUGAGGAACAGCGCCAACCCGGCACCAUGCGCUCCAGGCUCCCAAGGACCGCCUGCCUAUUGCGAAUCAUUGCACUCUGCAUCCUUCUGUCGCACACUGCAGCUUAUUUUGGGCUGACAGGUCGGGAGCCCUUGGUGUUCUUACCAGGGCCGUUUUCCAAUGACGCUCCAACAGGAAAGGCCCACCUGAAGCAGUGCGAGCAGAUGACUCUGACCAGGCGGCAGAAGAGAUUGUGCCGCAGGGAGCCUGGUUUGGCCGAGACGCUUCGGGAGUCGGUGCGCCUCAGCCUGCUGGAGUGUCGCUAUCAGUUUAGGAACGAGCGCUGGAACUGCAGUCUGGAUGGCCGGGGAAGCCUCCUGAAAAGAGCAUUCAAGGAGACCGCCUUCCUGCUGGCAGUGUCCUCUGCAGCACUGACCCAUGCGCUAGCUAAAGCAUGCAGCUCCGGACGAAUGGAGAGGUGUACGUGUGAUGACUCCCCUGGUAUUCAACAUCGAGAAGCGUGGCAGUGGGGGGUCUGCGGUGACAACCUGAAAUACAGCACCAAGUUUCUCAAGAAAUUCCUCGGCCAAAAGAGGGUCAGCAAGGACCUGAGGGCUCAGAUCGACGCACACAACAUUAAUGUUGGAAUUCGAGCAGUAAAGAGUGGACUGAAAACAACCUGCAAGUGUCAUGGUGUCUCCGGCUCUUGUGCCGUACGGACUUGCUGGAAGCAGCUGUCACCUUUUCACGACACCGGGCGGCUGCUGAAGUAUCGGUACGACACUGCAGUGAGAGUGCAGAGCGUCACCAAUGCGGCCACAGGGGAGACUGAGCUCGCAGGCCCCCGUCGCCAUGGCCAGAGCCUCCGCACCACCGACCUGGUCUACCUGGAAGACUCCCCCAGCUUCUGCAGGCCUUCCCGUUACUCACCAGGCACGGGUGGCCGGUCAUGCGCCAAAGACACCAGCUGUCAGAGUCUAUGCUGUGGACGAGGUUAUAACACAGCCAUGCGCCUCACCAGCCUGUCCUGCCACUGCCAGGUACGCUGGUGCUGCCAUGUGGAGUGUCAGACAUGUGUGAGGGAGGAGGAGGUGUACACCUGCAAAAAUGCAUAAACAAUGAGAAAAAUAUACAUAAAGGCAGUUUGAAAAGACUUGAAACAGAAGAGAGGAUGAUGGAUGAAACAGUGAAAAAAUGUGACAAAGAUUGAUCUUCUACAAGACUGAACUGUAAACUCUUACAGACAAACCACUGAGGGAUCUCAUCUAAGUGUGUUUAAAGAGCUCUUUCCUGACUUGCAUGUUAUUUUGGGAGGAAAAUACUAAUGUAAUGUUAUGAUAUUGCUGAUUACUUACUAAUCACCACUGAUUUGAUAUGCAGCAGCUUACUGUAGGUGAGGAUGUUUUUAAACUACCCUGCUUUUCUCUCGCUGGAUGCACUGAAAUCCCACUUUUCUGGGAAGGAGGGAAACAAGCUCUUAAAACAGGUGCUGGACUGGAAGAAAAACCAGCAGUACUACUGCACGGGAGCUCUGACAGUGACUUUGUUGUUUCAUAAGUGUCCUCCUACAUUUGACUAUUUAUUGUGCCAGUCUUUUAUGUCUGAUAAACUGCUGCUUUGUACUUUAAAUCUUCUAAUUAAGUGUUGCCAAUAAGGCUGAAAUGGACUUCAGAGGAAUCUACCUGUCUGUCUUUCUGAUUGCUGUGUUGGUAUUUUCUGCUGUGGAGAACUUUUAAAGUUCUUUUCUGAGUGAAAGCACUUAAGUUGCUCUUGCUACAUAUUUUACAAAGUGUAUUGUAACCGUUAAGGUCUAAAUAUAUGCUUAGAUAGAAUCACUGGAAGCUUUAAGGAGCGGCUGGCACCACUGAUAUACAUUGCAAGUACAUGCAUUGACAGGGUCAUCAUGGAAAGAAAGAAGCCGGGUUUCAGUUGCUCUUAUGGAAAUGUCUAUGGAAAUCUCUACAUGUUGAGUAAUGUGUGCAGAGCAGAACAAAGGGCGAGAAUAACAGUGAGGGAAACACUGAAAAUCUGGGAACAUACCAGCCCUCUUCUUCUAUUUCCAUUAAUAGAAGCCCACACAUUCCCCUUUUUUUAUUACCAAGUGUAAAAUUGCCAGACUGAAUUAUUUGGUCUUCAUAGUCUAAAUUAGCCACAUAUUUGUUCUCUGUGCCUUUGAAGUAGGUCAGUCAUGCUCCCUAUUUUCCCUAAUUGCUAAUCAAAGAAAAUCACCAUGUUUACUCCCCUUACAUCCAACUCUUAAAUCCAUGUGUGCAGGUCGAAAGUGCAUGCAGGACCCAAAACAUCUGUUUUUAUUGGGCAGUUUAUGUUUUAUUUCAAUGACUCUGACCCGUACAUGUGACAUGAUAAUAACUCACAUCGGGGCUGCAGGCGUCUAACAAUGUGGAAUCAUUAUUUCUACCUCACUUUAACUUUUGGCAAAUAUCAGUAAGAUUUAUGAGCUAUGCAGAGCCUCUCUAUAGAUACACGUCUUUCCCUCUGCAUUUGAAAUAUCAUAUUUUAGAUAUCUGUAAAGGUAGUUUAAAUGUGGUAAUAGUUAUAAUCAUUAAUCAAAACAAAAUGUUUUUUUUUUAUCUUGUUGCUUCACAUUUUAUUUAAAACAAAUAAGAUGAAUAAAUAGACAAACAUUUCUUA